AUGUGGUUCAUUUUUGAGCUCAAUUUGCAGGAAAAAGAGUCACUCAUUCGACAAAACCACAGCGCUAACGCUACAGCUGAGGAAUUGCGUAAUCAAUUAGCUGCAGCCGAAUCGGCUGCUGACGGACUUGCUGAGAGGCUCAAACGGGCACAGGCCGACGCAGAAAGUUGGAAGCGGAAACAUGAAGAGGCGGUGCAAGAGGCUAAGAACGACAUCAUCCAUGAGAGGAACACGCAGACAGCCAGAAAGGAGUUUGCCGCAUGUCAACACGAGUUCGCUUUGCGAAACGCAAGGCGUGGAACGGAUGACGCGGAACGUGAACGUCUACGCGAAGAAUUGGCGCGUGUACAAGUGGAGUUGGACCGAGCCGUGACUACGAUCCGCCAACUUGAAGGAAGUAUUCAGACCCAGGAGGUCUUGGGUGGAACAAUGGAAUCGCAGUACCGUAAUGCGUUGAUGGAAUUGGAAACCGCAAGGGACGAGAACUGUGCUUUGAAGGCGAAAAUAGUCGACAGUACAAGACGAUAG